AUGGGAAGUGCUUUACCUCUUAGCUUUCUCCUUGCUGCUCUUGGGAUAUGCCUAACCAGAAGCCACUCCACCAAGCCAAUGGCUGACAGCACCACACGCUUUGCCGUGGAUUUGUACCGAGUUCUUUCCCUGCCCCAGAAAAGUGAAAACAUUCUCUUUUCUCCUCUGGGAGCUUCCUUGAUUCUUGGAAUGGUAAAUCUGGGAGCAAAGGGGAAAGCACGUCAUGAGAUCAGGCAGCUUUUGAACCUGCAAGGAAAUGACGCAGGUGAAGCCUUCCUGCCACUCCAGACACUGUUCACUGUCACCUCAGAAGGAAAGGCAUUUACAUUUAAUCUUGCCAAUGCCCUCUACCUUCAAGAAGGAUUCAUGGUGAAAGAACAGUAUCUCCAUAGCAACAAGGAUUUUUUUCAGACGGCUGUAAAGCUGGUGAAUUUCCAAGAUACGAAAGCUUCCGCAGAGGCCAUAAGUACUUGGGUAGAAAACAAAACAGAUGGUAAAAUAAGAAAUUUCGUUGCAAGUGAUGAUCUUGGUCCCCUGACGAGACUUUUGCUGGUGAAUGCCCUUUUCUUCAAAGGGAACUGGAAGCAAAUGUUCAAAGUGGAGGACACCAGUUUGAUGGACUUCAGAAAAAGUGAUGGUUCCGUAAGCGAGAUACCAAUGAUGCAUCUUCAGCUCAAAACAAAGCUUGGCUACUUUUCUGACCAUAACGUGAGAUACCAAGUUUUGGAGCUGCCAUACAAAGGAGAAGAAUUCAGCUUUGUCCUAAUCCUUCCUGCAGAAGAUGUGGCUAUAGAAGCGGUAGAAAAGCUCAUUACAGCUGAGCUGAUAAAAGACUGGUUUGCUGGGAUGGAAGAGGUUGACGAGGUACAAAUCAGCCUUCCAAGGUUUCAAGUAGAGCAAACGGUGGACUUGGAACAAACUCUCCAGCAUCUUAAUGUUACUGAGAUAUUUAAAAGUGGAUGUGACCUUUCUGGAAUAACAGAUGCUGCUGAUGUACACAUUUCUAAGGCCAUUCAAAAAGUCUGCAUUGAAGUAAAUGAAAAUGGCAGUGAAGCUGCAGCAUCUACUGGCAUGCACUUGGCCAUCAUCAUGAGCAUGUCGCAGCAUCAGUUUGUGGCUAACCGACCAUUCCUGUUUAUCCUGAAGCAUAACCCUACAGAGUCCAUUGUAUUUAUGGGGAAGUUUGCCAAUCCUGACAUCCAGGUCAAAAAGGGAAGAGAUAUGAACUCCCUUUAA